GUUGCUUUGCAUAUUGAACCGUACCGGAAUCGAUCGGCCGAGUCUGUUCGCUCGGAUCUGGUCUAUGCGCAUCAGAGACGUUACACCACACAUCCGGCUUACUACAAACUGAGUCCAACCGUUCUGAAUGGGGCCACCUCAUCAGCCUUACCGGUAUUUUUUGUCUACGAUUCUUACAGCAUACCGUUUUCACAAUGGAGCAGAGUGUUCACUCCUUCCGGUGACAUAACAGUACGAGGCAAACCUGAAAAUGCUUACGUAAUCGGUUUGCUCAUGGAUUCAGUUGAUUGUAAACAAUUCGCUUCGGCCGGGUUCAACGGCGGUUACACGUAUUUUGUCGGUCGAGCUACCACGUUUGCCAGUGAAUGUGACCGGGCUGGGGUGCACUUUUAUCCAUCUAUCGGACCUGGUUACGAUGAUCAAUCGGUACGACCGUGGAAUGAACGUGGCACUGUCGAUCGCGAGGACGGCGCCUACCUCCAACGUUUGAUUGCUAAACUUCCCCUGGAACGCACAGCCGGUGUGGGGAUUACCUCGUUCAACGAAUGGCACGAAGGGACACAAAUUGAACCGGCCGCGAUAACCGUUCGUCCAACCUAUUCUGAUUACAGUCCAUUCUCCGAGGAAUACUAUCUGCGCUUAUUGCGCAAAUUUGUCAAUCACUUUGUCGGAUUUCACCAACUCCCAUGGGGUUUCGAACAAACAACGAAGUCCGAACUGGAUGCGAUUGAACAAUUCUAG